AUGUUGAAAAAAGCGAUGUACUCUAGGUGUAGCACCAGUCCAUCUGUUAUGCUUCAGCUAAUUCGUAAUGCUCAUACCAAAUUGUUCAUUGUAGGGCUUUCCUUUGAUUCCAACGAAACUGUAUUACGUUAUGCUUUCUCAAAGCACAGUGACAUUAUUGAAGUUAGGGUUAUAUGUGACCAUGUCACAGGCAAAUCAAAAGGAUACAGAUUUGUGAAGUUUGCCUCUGAAGAUAGUGCUGCAUCAGCUCUUAAAGAAAUGAAUGAUCAGGUAUUGGACGGGAGGAGUAUUCGUGUUUAUCAUGCUCACAAAAACUGA